AUGGUAAUGGUAAAAUUGCACUGUUUUCAAAUGUUGAAAGAGGACAGUGCAUUGCAAAAAAGUUUAGAACACCAGACAUUUCUGCAUGUAUAGUUGACGGGCAAAAAUGCCCUGUAACCCCAUUUUAUUAUGUAUGCUUAUGAUAAAUCCCCUCCUAAUGGAAUAAGGCUUGUUGUAUGCUUCUCAUAAAUAGUGGAGGCUGAAUCUUGCUGAGAUGCUUAGUGCUGAACCCCAGAAUUUUUAUAUCAGAAACUAACUUGAGUUAGAAUGAAGGGGCAUGCUGCAAUUUCUUAGGUUGGGUGCUUAUUUAGCAUGUUUACCUGGCUCCUUUUUGUGACCUGGGAGGUGCAUGUCCCCUGCAUAACUUAAACACAGUUUUAAUGACAAUAGAAAGCUUCAUCAAAAGAAAGAGAUUCUGACAAGGCACGUGACAGAGUCGAGCUGACUCACAAUGGGGAAGGAAGGUGAUCUCUGGGACGAUUCUGCUCUUAUCAGUGCCUUUGAUCAGGCUAUCUCUACUUACAAGAUGAUGCACAUCAGCAAAAACAAUAAUAACUCAGCUGAGACAAAGCAAAUGACUAGCAGCACUGGAGAAAUUGAUUCUAAGUCUGAACAUGUUUAUGAAAAUCUUGAGACUAGAAGCAAUGCUGGUGAGGUAAGCAGCAUUCCGGUCAAUGCACAAGCAGGAGAGACUAGUAAUGGUUCAUACUUCGAAGAAAUUUAUCAUACAGAUUCACAAGUAGCCCAAUCUUGUCUAGACUCAUCAGUUGGUCAAAACAUGGGACACUCUGUGGAUGGGCAGAACAGCUAUUCACAUGCACAAGGUGUCGAUGAUUAUAACCAGUUAGUUGGUCAGUACUAUGAACUUGAGGAGCGGCGACAGAAGAUUUUAGAGCAACUUAAUCAAUAUGGCGGAUUGAAUUACCAAUAUGCAGAUUCUGUUUUUAAUUCUGGUGUACCAUAUUCUAAUUUCCAGAGUUGUUCUAUGUCUGCAUGCCAUGUUUCUGAUCCAAACGUACCCUGUUCAUGUUGCCCAUGUUGUGAUCAAUGCUUGGUGCCUCCAUGUACAUCAGUACCUGGCUGUUCUUUGGGUGGAACUUCUGUUGGCAAACCUUGUAAUAAUUAUUCUGUGACAAAGUGUCCUGAAAAGCCAUUUCCAUGUGAAGAUGAUAAAAUUCUUAAAACAGCAAUGGUAGCUGCUGAGAAGGCAAUGUCUACCAUUAAAACAACCAUUUCUGGCAAUUCUGAUAAAAAUGAAGAGAAAGAGAGAAGCCACUCUGAACAGGAUCAACAUCGUGGCAUGGAAAUGGAAACAGAUCUUACAGUUGUUUUGAAUGCUUGGUAUUCUGCUGGCUUCUUCACUGGAAAGUUCCUCACUGAAAAAUCCAUUGCAAACAGAAGACAGGAAUAACAAUCGCCGCUUGAACUUCCCGUGAAGCCAAAUGGUUGUAAUACAAAACCCUAGUAGUAUCAAGCGACUGUGACGAGUCUACAUAUUUUCACAAUGUAGAGUGUUGGGUUUUGUUAGUCGACGCCUUUUUCCCAUUAUUUACUUCUGACAUGAAUUUGUUGGUUGAGAUCUAAGCCAAACUGUUUGGUAAUAGAGGUUUACCCUCUUUUCUUUUA